AUGAAUAAACCGGUAUCCCUUUCAUGUGGCCACAGCGCUUGUAAGGAUUGCAUGUUACAGUUAGUGAGGAGUCAAGGACGUUCAAAAAGUUGCUCGCUUUGCCGGGCUACGAUCAAUCAAACCCAGUUCAACAUCUCAGUUCCUCUGCAGGCAAUCAUUGCCAGGAUCAAGGUGCAAUGCACUGUUCCGGGAUGUUCCUGGAGUGGUGAACACCAAGAAAAGGAAAGCCACCAAGCACAAUGCGAGUAUUCCGAGAGGAAAUGCCAGCAUGGUUGCGUGGGUUCAUUUCGCCUCGCCCAGCUGAAUGAUCACAACAGCAUUUGCCCAUACAAAAGAGUAAAAUGUCGGUUCUGUGGGGGAAUGUAUCAUCGUUUCAGCCUUCCCACACAUGAAGAAAGUUGUGUAGAAGCGCCACAGCCUUGCCCGCUGAAUUGCGGAGAGUGUAUUCCAAGGUUAGUUAGGUUUUAAAGAAAGUUUGUGUUGUUAUGAGGGGCAAAGGGUCCUUAUUUUAAGUCGUUAGCUCAGAAAGUGUACGCAGUAGACAGUUUUGUUUGUUGAGGACGUAAAAAAGGGAAAAUGUAGCAUAAACAACGGUUUGCAUUUAAAAGUUAAUCGAGUAGCUAAGAAAAGUAUCAAUUCAGAAACACUCCUUUUUUUCCUCUUUACCUCUUUUCAAAUAUCAAAUCUAUCUUGGUUUAAGAAAGACUACUGAACAAAAGUUAUCAAGGUGUUGUCGAUUGUACUCACUAUCGCUUUGAUACAAAGUCUCUUGAUUGAAAGUCUCUCGUCUUAUAUUUACACUGAUCUUGCAACGCAGUCAGUUGAGGAUGACUUUAUUUUCAGAUCUCAUGUUCCAGUACACCUCUUUACAUGCGAAGAAAAAGCACUGAAGUGUGAGGUUAAAGGAUGCAAUAAUUACGUAAAGAAACGCCAUGAAUUUCUUCACGAUCGGCAAUAUGAACAGAGCCACCAAGUCCUUUUAAAAAGCGAGGUAGAGAUUCUCCGCUGUAGCAUGUUUGAGCAG